AUUUCGGUUUGGUUACUGAGUUUUGGUUCUUGUUUGUAGCUUGGAGAUUCGAACCGAAAUCGUCACCAUCGAAAGGAUUGAUUUUCAAAAGCGAACGCCAGAGAAAGAGAGUGAGAGAGAGCGUUUUAGAUUGUCAGCUUUUAAAAACAGCAACGAAACUUCUACUUCUUCGUUACAGUCCGUUUCUUGUCUCUUUGCUUUGCUGCAACUUUUGCUUUCGUCGUUGAUUCUCUCCUUUUUCUUGAAAGAUGAGUUGAUUCAUGUACGAUAGAAAAACUGGUGGAUUUUGUUGAUCUCUUGAAACUUUUUUGUUUUUGUGAUAUCAAAGGAAGAAGAGUUUCGAAAGUGUUGUCAUCAGAAUCUUAUAGUAAGAUGUAAUCUGUCCUCGAAUGAGAACCUUGGAGUUGACAUAAUUUAUCUUGUAAGAAACUGUAACCUUUUGGGGCAUUAUGCAUGUCUGGUCCUGUGGCCACUGUUGAAAACGUGGAAGGAGCACUUUCUUGUGCAGAAAGAACAAAAUCUCUUGAUGCAAUUACUGACAUAGAAAACGGUUCUAUACUAACUAAUGGUGAUGCUGUCCAUAGUUCUGAGACUGCUGGAUUUAGAGUUGGGGAACUCUUGCUUCCCAAUGGGGACUCUUAUUCUGGGUCAUUGCUUGGCAAUGUACCAGAAGGUCGAGGAAAGUAUGUUUGGCAAGGUGGUUGUGUGUAUGAGGGAGAGUGGAGCUGUGGGAUGAGGCAUGGGACUGGCAAAAUACAAUGGCCUACUGGAACUGUUUAUGAUGGUGAAUUCUCAGGUGGUUAUAUGCAUGGUACAGGGACAUAUAUUGGCUCUAACAAAUUGACUUAUAAGGGGAGAUGGAAGUUGAAUCUCAAACAUGGUUUAGGAUAUCAAGUUUAUCCUAAUGGAGAUGUGUUUGAAGCCUCUUGGAUCCAGGGAACAACAGAAGGUCCUGGAAAAUAUACUUGGGCCAAUGGAAAUGUUUAUCUAGGGAAUAUGAAAGGUGGGAAAAUGUCAGGCAAAGGGACUCUCACUUGGACAAAUGGAGACACCUUUGAAGGAAGCUGGUUAAAUGGAAUGAUGCAUGGAUUUGGAGUGUAUACUUGGAGUGAUGGUGGUUUCUAUGUAGGAACUUGGACACGGGGUUUGAAAGAUGGAAAAGGAUCAUUUUAUCCAAAGAGCAGCCGGCUUCCUGCCCUUCAAGUAGUUUACCUCAAUGCUCUCAGAAAAAGAGGAUUGUUACCAGAUUUGAGAAAGCAGGUCCAUGCACAUAUCCACCAUGCUUCUUCUAUAGACAUGGGAAGCAUCAAGGUUGGUGGCAACCGGGUAUCCCAUCGUAAUUCCAAUAAGCUCUCAGAAGGAAACUUAUUAAAUCUUGAGCAGUCUCGCAACAGAAAUGUUUCCCUGGAAAGACGUUGGAGUCUAGAGGUAUCUAUAGAAAAAGUGAUUGGGCACGAUUCAUCAUUCGAGUUAUCUGAUUCUUUUACAGAAGGGGGAGAAAAGGGGAGCGAAACAAAUGCACCAAUCUUAGAACGUGAAUACAUGCAAGGAGUCUUAAUUAGUGAGCUUGUAUUAAAUAAUAGUUUUUCACCAUCAUCCAGAAGAGCAAAACGGAGACAAAAAAAGUUAGCAAAAGAUAUUAAGAGGCCUGGUGAAACAAUCAUUAAAGGCCAUAGAAGUUAUGAUUUAAUGCUCAGUUUGCAGCUUGGAAUCAGAUACACUGUGGGGAAAAUUACACCUGUACAGAGAAGAGAAGUUAGAGCAUCAGACUUUGGCCCCCGAGCAAGCUUUUGGAUGAACUUUCCUAAAGAAGGGUCACAAUUGACACCACCCCAUCAAUCAGAAGAUUUUAAGUGGAAAGAUUACUGCCCAAUGGUUUUCAGAAAUUUAAGGGAGAUGUUCAAAAUUGAUGCUGCUGACUACAUGAUGUCCAUUUGCGGAAAUGAUGCUCUCAGAGAACUUUCUUCUCCUGGGAAAAGUGGUAGUAUCUUUUUUCUGUCUCAAGAUGACCGUUUCAUGAUUAAGACACUCCGGAAAUCCGAAGUAAAGGUUCUUCUAAGAAUGCUUCCGAACUAUCAUCAUCAUGUGAGGUCAUAUGAGAACACACUCAUAACAAAAUUCUUUGGUCUUCACAGAAUCAAACCAUCAAGUGGUCAAAAGUUUCGCUUUGUAGUGAUGGGAAAUAUGUUCUGCACUGAGUUAAGGAUUCAUAGAAGAUUUGACUUGAAAGGAUCAUCCCUAGGGCGUUCCGCGGACAAUGUUGAAAUUGAUGAGAACACAACACUUAAAGAUUUGGAUCUCAACUACUGCUUUUAUUUGGAACCUUCUUGGCAAGAGGCUUUAUUAAGGCAAAUAGAGAUUGACAGUAAAUUUUUGGAAGCACAACGCAUUAUGGACUAUAGCCUUUUGCUUGGUGUGCAUUACCGAGCACCUCAGCAUUUGAGGUCUCUCAUGUCCUACAACACAGCAGAUGGAUUGGGAAGUGUUGCAGAGGAAGAAGAGGAUGAAAUCUCCAACUACCCACAAGGCCUUGUAUUGGUCCCCCGUGGGACAGAUGACAAUAGUGUUGUUGCGGGUUCUCAUAUACGGGGUAGACGUUUGCGAGCAUCAGCUGCAGGUGACGAGGAAGUAGAUCUCCUUCUCCCUGGUACAGCAAGACUCCAAAUCCAGCUAGGUGUGAACAUGCCAGCAAGGGCUGAGCAGAUUCCAGGAAAAGAAGAAAACACAUUCCAUGAAGCAUAUGACGUUGUUCUGUAUCUUGGUAUCAUCGACAUUUUGCAAGAAUAUAACAUGACUAAGAAGAUUGAACAUGCCUAUAAAUCUCUUCAGUUUGAUUCUGUAUCCAUAUCUGCUGUGGACCCCACAUUUUAUUCGCAACGCUUCUUGAACUUUAUUCAGAAGGUAUUUCCCCCAAAUUCCACUGAGAAUUGACUUGAGCUUUGGGUCCCUAUUGUGCCCCUCUUGUGAGUUCUCGAAAGAUGGCAAAUGUUCCCAAUGCUGUGAGUGGGAAUGCUGAAAUACUUGUUGGAGAUGGUGAUGUCCAGUGAUGUAAAGUACUUGUAAAGAUGUGCUUGUAGGGGCCGAUUUUAAUCUUCGUGUAUUAUAGUGAGUUAUAGUUCCCUGCUAUUGUUUUCUUCUGUUUUAUGACACCAUCGGAGCAUAUGUUGCCGGUUCCUGUUCUGUUUCUGUUCUCUUCUUUGCACCUUAAAUAAGUUUCUUUUUCUUCUUUU